CAUUCAAUUUGUUCCAAAUAGAGAGAUCUCUCUUUCCUACGCCACUCCAAAUCACCAAACUUCACACACACAUUUCCUCAAUCCCUUUCACUUUCACUCCCCUUCCUUUCCUUCAUUCCAAACACCCUAUAAAUCAAAACUCUAACACCAUUAAAUUCCCUUCAUAUAAUAGUAGCGUGCAGAAUAUAGAAAUGCGUAAACUCUCAAUUCUCUGAAACAAAAACAAAAAAACACCAUCGCCAAAGAAACCAUCGCGUUUCUCAAUUCUUGAUCCGAUCAUCCAACGGCGAUUAAACCAUCCACGUGUCACCCAACACCUGAGUUUUUGUUUGUUGGAACCAAACGACAAUCACUUUCGCACGUUAAAAAUCUUAAUCACAAUCCUAAUCGAACCUGUUUCUGCUUCGUCUUCGCCGAGCCUGAUAAACCUCCGGUUCGAAAUGAAGUCCGUUCUGGUUCGUCACUGAACCGAACCGGUUCGAGAAAAGUAAGAUCACCGGGUUUUCGUUUUUAUAGAUUCUUAGUAUUAACGGCGGUGAUGAGAGGGAGCUGUUGGUUGAACCGUCGGAUUGAGCAGAGGUUUCGGUUACUUGCGAUCUCCACCGUUAAAUCAGUGAAGAUCAAGCUUCUGCUGUUUUUUUGCGUCGCGUUAACGCUUCUCGCAUUUUCAACAACCGGUUCAACUUUCUUAUUGUGGAACAAUAAUAAUAAUAUUCAAACUCCUCCACUUCGUCGUUUCACUGAUUCAAGGAAAGGAUAUUCUAUUGUAAUGAACACAUGGAAGCGAUAUGAUCUCUUAAAGCAGUCCAUCAAACAUUAUUCAUCCUGUCCUCGACUUGAUUCAGUACAUAUUGUAUGGAGUGAACUCGAUCCUCCAUCAGAAGGUCUUCUAAAAUUUCUGCACCAAGCUGUAAAAUCCAAGUCUAGAGACGGACAAUAUGUAAAGCUGAGGUUUGAUGUCAACAAAGAAGACAGUUUGAACAACAGAUUUAAAGAAAUUACAGAUUUGGAGACUGAUGCUGUCUUUUCUGUUGACGAUGAUGUCAUAUUUCCUUGCUCUUCAGUGGAAUUUGCAUUUGAUGUUUGGCAAAGUGCACCAGAUGCAAUGGUGGGGUUUGUACCUCGUGUACAUUGGGUGGAUUCAUUGAAUGGUGAAGACAACAAGUUUAGAUAUGGCGGAUGGUGGUCUGUGUGGUGGACAGGUACAUAUAGCAUGGUGCUCUCCAAGGCAGCAUUCUUUCACAAAAAGUAUCUCAGUCUCUACACGAAUGAGAUGCCAUCAUCGAUUAGAGAAUAUGUAACAAAGAACAGGAAUUGUGAAGAUAUUGCAAUGUCUUUUCUUGUCGCAAAUGCAACUGGUGCACCCCCUUUAUGGGUUAAAGCCAAAAUAUAUGAGAUUGGAUCGACAGGAAUUAGUAGUUUGGGAGGUCAUAGUAUACGAAGAUCAGAGUGUGUCAACAUAUUUACCGCCAUGUUUGGGCGGAUGCCCUUGGUAUAUACUUCAGUGAAGGCAGUUGAUAGUCGCAAUGUCUGGUUUUGGUGAUUAGUGUUUUGGUGAUUAGUAGAUUGUUAUUUUCUUUACAUUUUUAGAAAAAUUCCACUGUUGUCAAUUAGUGUUGAGUAGCUAGCUGAGUUACCGCAUUCAUAUGUUAGUCAAUAGAGCUGUAUGAUAUUGAAUCUUUUUAUACACAAUUCUUGCUUUUUGGCCCUGUUUUAGCAAGUUCCUUAGGUUGAUUUCUUGUAAUAUUGACGUGUAAUGCAAGUCACCAUUCUAGGUAA